AUGGACCCGGGCGCCUGCAGCACCUCGAUGGCCGACCCCGCCGGGGAGUGCGAGCGCGGCGUGCCCAGGGUCUGCGGGGUCUGCGGGGACAGAGCCACCGGCUUCCACUUCAACGCCAUGACCUGCGAGGGCUGCAAGGGCUUCUUCAGGAGGAGCAUGAAGAGGAAGGCCAUGUUCACCUGUCUCAGCGGGGAGUGCCACAUCACCAAGGACAACCGGCGGCACUGCCGCUGCCGGCUGAAACGCUGCCUGGACAUCGGCAUGAUGAAGGAGUUCAUCCUUACGGACGAGGAGGUGCAGAGGAAGAGGGAGAUGAUCCUGAAGAGGAAGGAGGAGGAAGCCCUGAGGGAAAGCCUCAAACCCAAACUCUCAGAGGAGCAACAGAAAGUCAUCGACAUCCUGCUCGAGGCCCAUCGCAAAACCUACGACCCCACCUAUGCUGACUUCACCAAAUUUCGGCCCCCGGUGAGGAGCCAACCCAGCAGCAGAGGGGCCACAAAAUCCUCAUCCCUGCUCACCCAGGACCUGUCCUCAGAGGAUUCCUCAGAUCUCUUCAGCUCCGAGGCCUUCAGCACAUUCCCAGACCCCAUGGAGCCGCCGCAGUUCCCCAGCCUGGCGCUGCAGGAGGAGCAGGACGAGAGCUCCUCGGUGAACCUGGAGUUCUCCCAGCUCUCCAUGCUCCCACACCUGGCUGACCUGGUUAGCUACAGCAUCCAGAAGGUGAUCGGCUUUGCCAAGAUGAUCCCGGGAUUCAGGGAUCUGUCUGUGGAGGACCAGAUCGUGCUGCUCAAGUGCAGCGCCAUGGAGGUGAUCAUGCUGCGCUCCAACGAGUCCUUCACCCUCGAGGACAUGUCCUGGACCUGCGGCAGCAGCGACUUCAAGUACAGGGUCAGCGAUGUCACCCAGGCCGGGCACAGCAUGGCCCUGCUGGAGCCACUGGUGAAGUUCCAGGUGGGGCUGAAGAAGCUGAACCUGCACGAGGAGGAGCAUGUGCUGCUCAUGGCCAUCUGCAUCCUGUCCCCAGACCGGCCGGGCGUGCGGGAGCCGCUGCGGGUGGAGGCGCUGCAGGAGCGGCUCUCGGAGGUGCUGCAGAGCUACAUCCGCGCCCGGCACGCCGCGCCCGGCGGCCGCCUGCUCUACGCCAAGAUGAUCCAGAAGCUGGCGGACCUGCGCAGCCUCAACGAGGAGCACUCGCGGCAGUACCGCUGUCUGUCCUUCCAGCCCGAGCACAGCAUGCAGCUCACGCCGCUGCUGCUCGAGGUCUUCGGCAACGAGAUCUCCUGAGCGCCCGCACGGCAGGAGCGGCCCCACAGCCCCGCGGGACGGGGAACCGGCGCUGGGUGUGCGGGAGGAGCUGAGCC